GACGAGGGUGCCAUCGUGACAACGCCGCAGGAAUCGCAACGUAUACGUCCACAGUCGCGGGCUUUCAACGUCGUCGAUCCGGGACGCUUGAGCCAGUUCAACUACAACGAGUACCAGGGUAGCCGGACGAGCACCACGACGACAACAACGGCCAGCCCUCCCCCAGCACCGACCACAUUCGCACCGCUGGCCGCACAGCAGAACUUCCAGCGUCAACGGCAACCAGCACCACAGCAGCAGCAGCAGCAACAACAAAACUCUGCCUUCGUGAAUCCGUUCUUCAACAGCGCACCGCAGGUCAACAAACCGGUCGCAGGACCGACGGUAGCGCCACCACAAGUUGCCAUAACAACCAUCGCACCGGAUGUGGUACAGCGGGCCGUACCGAAGGAACGCUACCAAUCGAUUGCCCGUUCGGGUAACGAUGGCCACACACCGUCAACGGUUAAGAAAUUCUCGACACUCGUCCCGAAAAAUCAGUACAAUCCGACGACCUUCAAACCGAACGCCAUCAGCAAAAAGGCACUGCUCCAGUUCGUCAACCAGAAGAGUGUGAUCGGGAUCGAAAAGUCACCGUUUGUGGAGCGUGUUACCACGACGACGGAGAAGCCAACGGUCGCACCGCAGCAACCGGCUGCAACGACGCGGUAUCCCGGGUACAUACCCACCAUUCCACCGGUAACGGCCACAUCGAAGGCCAGUGCAACCACAACCACAACGAUCCGAGCUCCGUACACUACACCUUCACCCUACAUUCCAACGACGAUCACUCCACCGAACCGCUUCUUCCAGCCACCGGUACCGAAGGCACCAGUCCAGAAGGCCCCAAGUCAGGCUCAGUUCAUCGCAGGACCAACAACGACCACUACGACCACUACGACGACGACAACGGUGAAGCCGGAAAUCGAUGAAGACGACGGUCAGUACCAUCCGGAGCUGUACGAGAAGGACUUCUACCGGAACCGGGUGAAGGCGAAGACGGCUGCUGCUGCGGCCCUGGCGGCCGCUCGCAAUACGAACGGAUUGGCAUCACUCUCCACGAGCGAUGAGGAGGAAAUCUUCCGCACCGCACACUCCCAGAACAUUGCCGCCAGUGGGAACGAUCUGAUACUGGAGCGUGCACGUCAGGCGGCGGCCCGUAUCAAUGAGUUCUUCUCCUCGUCCUCCGUCAAACCGACCACAACGACGACGGUGUCGGCGGCGAGUGGACGCAAUCCGGAAGCAACCACACAGAAGCAGCAGCAGCAGCAGCAGAAGCAAAGUGUCACCGCUGGAGCCGCUAAGCAUCGCAAGGAUGGUGGCGCCAGCCGAUCCAAGUCCGCGCAUGGGACCAAGGGUAGCGCGCCAAGCAACGCCACGCCACGACCAUUCUCGAAGGCACCGACGAUCCCACCGAACGCCACCAUCACCAAGCGACCACCGGAGGAUGAUAGCUACGACUAUGCCUACUACGACACCGCCGGCAGUCCCGAUGUGCCCGAGUACGACAUCAUCGAGGACUUCGGGCGGAAACGUGUCUGAGCAGGCGGGUGUAGAGGUGUGUAUGCGAAAUGUAUGUGUGCAUGAGUGUAUGUGUGCGAGUGACUGAGAAAAAACCGAGGGUACGCGGUUUAGGCAAACGAAAGUUGUGGUGAUCGUUUUGUAGAUCUAAGGCGUUGCCAAGGCAACGGAUGGUGUGGUUGCCGGACGUGGACGAGACUGAAUGUGUAGUGAAGCGAAGCGAUAAUUCAAACGAAGGGUACAGAGCCAGAGAGCCAGGCAGUGGUGAGGGAGAAAGGGGAUGUGAGAUAGAAUGGUCCGUCCAUCAUACGAAUAUACGCUAUAAUACGAAGAUAAUAUACUGCCAUUAGCCAUUAAGAGCGAUCGCCGUCCAUCGCCGGGACCGUGACCAAACCGGAGCGCGCAAUGAUCGGUGCAAUGCCAACGAUUGGCAGUCGAAGAAGGGGAAACAGAAGUUGGAGAACCCGGUGAGGAGGCCAGAGAGCCCCACUCACAAGGAUCCGUAGUACCCGGAGGGGCCUACCUCUCCCCCGCAAAAGGAGCCAGUAUUUGUAGUACGCUCUUUAGGAGUGGAAUUAUGCGUGCGUGCGUGCGUGCGUGCGUGCGUGCGUCCGUGAUUCCAGUUUUAUAUUCGUCCCAGCUUCAUCUUCAGAUCCAGAAUAGCUUUAAGAACUUCAUUUAAAUUGUCUACUACUUCAUGCUUCCUUUCGUUCGUUUCAUUUCGGUUUCCAGUUCUGUUCAGUCGCGCUUUCUAUUACUGCAUUAUCCCUACCGAUUCAUCAUUAUUACCAUCUAGGUACCCGGGAGUCGGUCAAAAAGCACAUCAUUUCAAAUCCCAGUGAGGGGGAUGAUAAUUCCUUCAAAUACAUGCAUUAGAAAGGGCAUCCUCCUCCCACAGCUUCCAUGUCAACUAUUCACCAUGACCACCAGACCAUGACGUCAGGAGGAUGAGUCUUGAAAUCCCGGGAUGCAAGACGAUUGUUGUAAAUAAAGUUU